CUGACACGCUUUUAGAAACGAAAGUAUCAUAAAAAAAGUAAACUACUAUAUCAAGAAUGACUCCACUGCAACGCCAAUCCUUGGCACCCAAACUCCCUCCACUCACGUCCCGCCACGUGGCAGUGAUCGGUGCCGGUGCAGCGGGCCUCGUAGCCGCCCGUGAGCUCGCCCGGGAAGGCCACCGCGUCGUAGUUUUCGAGCGAGGGAACCAAGUUGGUGGGACAUGGGUCUACACUCCCAAGGUCGAGUCGGAUCCAAUCGGGGUUGACCCACGUCGGGCCGUUGUCCACUCGAGCUUGUACCAGUCCUUAAGGACUAACCUCCCUAGAGAGGUAAUGGGUUUUCAAGAUUUCCCAUUUGUGGCCAAAAAAGACGAUGGAAAGGACGAGAGAGAUCCCAGAAGGUUUCCGGGUCACAGAGAGGUUCUGAUGUAUUUGAAAGACUUUACCAGAGAGUUUGGGAUUGGUGAGUUGGUGAGGCUUGAUACUGAGGUUGAGUAUGUGAGUUUGAUGGGUGGUGGGAAGUGGAAAGUUAGGUCUAAGAAGAUAGGUGAAUUGGGAGUUGAUGAGGUUUAUGAUGCCGUGGUAGUAUGCAAUGGCCAUUAUACAGAGCCUCGAAUAGCUGAAAUUCCCGGCAUAGAUGCAUGGCCAGGGAAGCAAAUCCAUAGCCAUAAUUAUCGGAUUCCAGAGCCUUUUCGAGAUCAGGUUGUAAUUUUGAUAGGGAGUGCAGCAAGCGCAGUUGAUAUUUCUCGAGACAUAGCUGUAGUGGCAAAAGAAGUCCAUGUUGCAUCUAGAUCACUUACUGAUGCAACCAUUGGAAAGCAGCCUGGCUAUGAUAAUCUUUGGAUUCGUAGUAUGAUCAAAAGUGCCCAUGAAGAUGGUAGUGUGGUUUUCCACGAUGAGUGUGCUGUCGUUGCUGAUGUCAUUCUUCACUGCACAGGGUACAAGUUCCAUUUUCCUUUUCUUGAAACCAAUGGCAUUGUGACUGUGGACGACAAUCGUGUCGGACCACUGUAUAGGCAUGUCUUCCCACCAGCCUUGGCUCCAUGGCUUUCCUUUGUCGGGUUACCAUGGAAGGUUAUUCCUUUUCCUUUGUGUGAACUUCAGAGCAAAUGGAUAGCAGGUCUUCUGUCUGAUCGAAUUGAUCUUCCAUCACAAGAGGAGAUGAUGGAUGAUGUUAAUGCCUUUUAUUAUUCUCUAGAAGUUUCUGGCACUCCUAAGCGGUACACUCAUAAUUUGGGUGCUUCACAGUUUGAUUAUGAUGAUUGGCUUGCGGCUCAAUGUGGCUGUACAUUGUCUGAGCAAUGGAGGAAACAAAUGUAUUCUGCAGUUUCAAAGAGAAAGCAUGCUCAACCAGAGACAUACCGAGAUGAGUGGGACGACGAGGAUUUGAUAAUACAAGCUAACCAAUACUUCUUAAAAUACUUCCCAAAGGAAGUCAACAGUGACUAAACAGGUUUGCUUUUUUAAAAUCAGUAACCAUUUUCUCUUCUCAUAAGAUUGGAAAAAUACAAUUUGAAUCAGCACAUAGCUAUUCUUUUAAAGGUGAUAAUGGAUAUAUGUAUUGUGUUGAAUAUUGAGAACAUGUUAUGAAAUCAAUUUGGUUGGGAAGUACUUUGACAGUGA